CCGACUUGGAAGUACAAAUCGAGCACUUUAUUGCAUACUAGAAGACGACCUGUAUGAAUGCAGUCAGAGAAAGAAGGGAAGUCGGUGUUCCACAUGGGAACAUCAAACUCCGCCGCGAGCAGAGGGCGGCCGUGGCCAGCUGGUCUUCACUUACUUGAUCCAACCGAAAUGAAUCUCUGCUUCUCCGAUUCCCAAAGCUGCCUCCGAGGCUGCCAAACGCAGUCCCAUCCGUGGCAAGGCCGUCUGGUGAUUUACAAGAUAUGCAAACUUCAGGCUCGUUCCCUUCUCAAUCUGGUUUUUCGUCCCUAUUGGUCUAUCGUGCAAGUAAAGCUUAUCGUCAUUGUUUCUGUUAAGGAUGCGUUCAAAACUUCUGGACACGUCUACUGUAGCCAUAGUAUUGGCAGUUUCUCUCGUUGGAUACGGAUGUCAGUUGUCGGACUUAAUCAGAUGUACUACGUCGCAGGGCCGGAAUCCCAGUAGGAAUCACUAUAACAUAUCAUACAUGAAACACGUCAUUUUGUUCCAUCCACCAUCGUCGUUCGAAACACGCCUGACUUCUAUUGAGGCCCCCGAAGCCUGUUGAAGCGAAUUAAAAUGGUUUCCAUCUU